AUGUCUCAACCAAGUGAAUAUAAUAAAACUUAUGAUAAUAAUAGUUUUACUGGUACUAAUAGUGAACCUGAUAAAAUAAAAGAAACAAUAAAUGAGUCUUCUCAAAAACGCUCUACCAAAAAAAUGCAAGAAAGUUGUGAUGUUGAAAUUGAUAAUAAAAAUCUUCAACUGGAAAAACAAAUAGAGAAAGUAUUAGUUACAUGGAUAAUAGAUGAUUAUCAGCUAUUUUUUGUUUUACAAAGCCUAAGUUUUAUUUGCCUAAUUAAAGUAUUAGAUUCUUAUUAUGUUUUGCCAUCUGAUAAGCAAAUUAAACAUCGGAUUACUGAAGUGUACAAUCUUGUGUUUGCUUGGUUAAAAGAAGUCUUGGAGAAUGAAGCUAUGUUAAAAAAAUCAGCUACUGAUAUUAAUGCUAAUAAAGAAUUCUAUUUACAUGCUAUUGCUAAUAUAGUUACUAGAUGGAAUUCAUCAUAUAUUGCAUGGACUAGACUAAUUCAGCUUCAUGAAUCUAUUAAUAUAAUCCCAAAGUGUGAAUCUAAUAAUGUUAAAACUGUUGAUUUAGAUAAUUUAAAUACUAUUUUUAAAGAGGUGAAAGAUUUUACUAUUUAUUAUGAUGAGAUCUCUGAAACUAAGACAAUGAACAAAGAACAUAAAAUUAAAGUUAGCGACCCUACUGAUUGUGAUGAAUUAGUUAAAAAAGUUAAAUAUAGCUUACAUAGAGCAUUAAAUUUUUAUUGGAAAAGCCUAACAGAAAUUUUAUUAGUCACAAUUUUACUAGACCCUGUUGCAAAAAAUGGAAAAGCUUUCAAAAUAGGAGCAUAA